AUGGCACUUGUAUUACCUGAACUAUUAACGAAAAUUUUUAAAUUCUUAGCUGAAGAUAAGGCGUUAUAUCCUGCCUUAUUCGUUUCUAGACUCUGGUCUAUGUGUUCCGGCUCAAUUUUAUGGCGUCGCAUCGAAUUGAUAGGGGAUGGGGGUGCCUUUGGCGAGAAAUAUGAAAUACAAUUGAAAAAGUUUUUAAAGAUAGUACGCAAAAAUUCAAGACUAACUUAUGGCUCAAGUGUACGUUAUCUCAAAAUUUCACACUAUCAUAAACUCUCAAAUAAGAUACUUGGGAAAUUCAUCGAAAUAUUUCCAAAUAUAAUCCAUCUUGAUUUUAAACGAAGUUAUGGAUACGAUGAUACAGCAUUAUUCAAGAUUUCUCGAGCAUAUCCUAACUUAAUUCAUCUUAAUGUUUUUAACAACGGGGGGUUAACUGAUCAUUCUAUUAUCGAACUCGCAAGUAGAUGUUCUAAAUUACAGUAUUUGGAAAUUAGUUGGGGCGGAAACAUUACCGACAAGUCUAUCUAUGAAAUUGCGAGAUCUUGCUACUGCUUAAGGCAUCUAGGAAUAAGCGGAGGUAAAAGUUGUAUUUCUGAUAAAUCUAUACGCGAAAUUACACGAUUCAAUCCCAAUAUCCAAUCUUUAAAUUUUAAUAACUGCGAGAAGCUUACCGAUGCCACAAUCCAUGCUCUUGUAGAUUCGUACCCGGAUCUAAGAAAAUUAGAUCUUAGAGAUUGCAAUAAAGUAACUGACAUAGGUAUCAGACAAAUCGCACAAUGUCUUAAUCUGGAACAUCUUGCACUCAAUUCCCUGGGAUUUAUUAAUGAUGAAACGAUAUGUAUUAUUGCGCAAUCAUGUCCAAACAUUUCUUAUUUCAACCUCGAAUUUUGUCACGUUACAGAUACAGCGGUAGAAGCGAUAGCACAAUCAUGUCACCGUUUGGAAUAUCUCAAUAUUUACGGGUCGAAAUCUAUUAAUGAUUCAUCCAUUUCCAAAAUAGCUAAAAAUUGCUCUUAUAUCCAAGAACUUGAACUGGGGUAUUGCGGGCUUAUCACUGAUACAGCCAUCAAAGAUAUCGCUCAGAAUUUAUCCGAUCUAAAAUAUCUCGGGUUAAAAUAUUGUGUAAAUAUCAGCAAAGAGGCAUUAGAUAUGUUAGACCCAGAUUUAGAUAUAGGUGGAUAUUAUACGAUUCCAUCCACUUUAUAA